AUGGGGAAGAUAGCGUUCAAGCGGGUGAAGGGAAGCAAGAGCUUGAGGCAGAGGUUGCUUCUAUCGGCCCUUUCAUUGAAGCCUAUCAUCAUUGAUGAGAUUCGCGCCGACGACAUGAUUCCUGGCCUCCGCCCUCACGAGAUGUCUCUCAUCCGCCUCUUCGACGCUGUCUCCGAUGACAGCAUCAUUGAGGUUAACGAGACCGGGACUCAAUUGAAGUACAAGCCUGGAACCAUAAUGGGAGGGAAGAACUUGGUUCAUAACUGUGCCCUGAGUCGAUCCAUUGGCUAUUAUCUGGAGCCAUUGAUUGUGUUAGGAAUAUUUGGAAAGAAGCCCCUUUCGAUUAGGCUUAGAGGGAUUACAAAUGAUCCAAAGGACCCGAGCGUUGACACAUUCCGUUCCACUACUCUACAUAUCUUAAAGCGUUUUGGAGUCCCUGCAGAAGGUUUGGAGCUUAAAAUCGAAGCCCGUGGAGUAGCUCCCGACGGAGGUGGAGAAGUUCUCUUGACAAUUCCAAAUGCUCAGAGACUCACUGCGGUCCAUUGGGAAGAUGAAGGCAUGGUGACGAGGAUACGAGGUGUGACUUUCUCUGCAAAAGUUUCUACUGACUUUGAACAUUCCAUGAGAUACGCUGCUCGUGGAAUCUUCAACAAUCUCUUGCCUGAUGUUCACAUUUCCGAGGACCAUAGAUAUGGCCCUCCGGCUGGAAAAUCACCAGGAUACGGAAUUUCAUUGGUAGCAGAAACAACUUCAGGUUGUUUCAUCUCUGCAGACACAGCAGUGUCUUGGGGAAGGACAGACGAAACAGGAGAGCUCGAUGUAGAGAAGGAAAAGAGAAACCCAGCAGAAGACACGGGUGCUGAAACAGCUUCAUGGCUUCUUCAGGAGAUUGAAAAAGGCGGAGUUGUUGAUUCAACACACCAGGGAUUGUUGUUUCUACUAUGUGCGUUAUGUGACAAUGACGUGUCAAAGGUUCGAGUGGGAACGUUAUCUCCUUAUGCAGUGGAGACGUUGAGGAACAUAAAGGAGUUUUUGGGAGUUACUUUUGCGUUGAAACCUGAUCAAGAGACGGGAACCGUCGCUCUCAUUUGCACUGGAAUUGGCAGGGGAGACCUCUUCAGAAAGAUGUCUUGA